UUAUGUGUUUCCGCGUUGUUUCAUCAUUCAACAUGCUGAAUUUCUUGCUAUCUAAAUUCUCAUUUCACCUUAUAAUUUAUACUCCUAUUUAUAUUUAUUUCUCUAUAACCCAUUUCUCUGCAGAUUCUCCGUUUUUGGAUUUGCUCAUCAAUUAACUUCUGUUUUCUAAAUUUCUUGGAAAGAAUAAACUAAUCAUUUAUCCAUAUUUUUCAGACAUCAUUUUCAGUUACUCAUUAUUCAAUUGCACAGAAUUUGAUACCUUUUUGAAUCCAGUUGGUUUAUUGUCCAGAACAAUUUGAGGUGAAAAGGGUUUGGAUUAUUUGCUACUAGAAACCAAAUCUUUUCUUUUGAUCAUCUGUCACUUUCAACCACAAAAAAAUGAGAAGAUUAUGGGCAACAAAAGAAGUGUCUUUCUCGUUGAUUCGGCUGUUUUUGUUUUCUGCUGCUGCAUUUUUGCAAGGUAGUUCAUGUGAACCUCAGAACUCCCAGAAUCGCCGUGGAAUCCAUAAUUUGGACUAUAAUGCUGUUUUUCGUGUUCAAGGAAAUGUUUAUCCUGAUGGGUACUUUUACACUACCUUGAAUAUUGGUGAACCUCCUAAACCCUAUCAUCUUGAUAUUGAUACGGGAAGCGAUCUAACUUGGGUUCAUUGUGAUGCGCCUUGCAUUAAUUGCCCUAAGAGCCCACAUGAUCCUUAUAAACCUGCGAAUAAUGCUCUUUCAUGUCAUGAUUCCUUGUGUACGUUUUUGCAACAUCCUCCAAAUUAUCCGUGUCACAAUCCUAGUGAUCAAUGUGACUAUGAAAUUGAGUAUGCUGAUCAUGGUUCAUCUAUUGGCGUACUGGUGAAAGACUUUUUCCGCCUUCAAGUCUUAAAUGGUUCCGUUGCACGUGUUUCUUUAGCUUUUGGUUGUGGCUAUGAUCAAGACAUUUCCGGUUCACCCCCUUUCGUAGAUGGAGUUCUUGGUUUGGCAAAUGGAAAAUCUAAUCUUUUGUCUCAACUUCACGAACUGAAAGUGAUGAAGAAUGUAUUUGGCCAUUGUUUAAGUGGCCAGGGAGGAGGGUAUCUUUUCUUUGGCGAUAAACUAGUUUCAAAAGAUACCGUUUGGGUACCUAUGUUGAAACAGAUUGAGAACUAUUAUUCAAUAGGACCAGCGGAUUUGCUUUUUAACGGGAAAAAUGUUGUCAAGAAUGGCCUUUCCUUUGUUCUUGACAGUGGAAGUACCUACACUUACCUUAAUAGUCCAGUUUAUGAAGCUGCCUUAUCCAUGAUAAAGAAAAAUGUCGACUCAAAGAAAUUAAAGGUUGUACACGAGGAUAAAACCCUUCCCGUAUGUUGGAAAGGUGUUGAACCCUUCAAAUCAAUCAACGAUGUCCAAAUGUUUUUCAAGCCUUUAGCACUAAAAUUCUCGAAGGUGAAGAAUGCAGUGAUAGAAAUGUCACCAGAAACCUAUCUUGUUGUUAAUCAAUUUGGGAAUGUAUGCCUGGGAAUUUUGGAUGGUGGUGAAGCAGGUUUAGAAGAUCUCAAUAUUCUUGGAGAUAUUUCGUUGUUAAAUAAAAUGAUGAUCUACGACAAUGAUAAUUCUCGAAUUGGAUGGGCAACGGCAAAAUGUGAUAUGCUUCCAAACUUUGAUCAAGAUCAAGAUACUGAUACACAUUUAUACCGAUUGGAGCGCGAUUAUGAUGAACUUUAACACGAUCCUUGAAUAAUUGGUAUGCAUUAUCAGCUUUGAUCGUAUUGGUGGUAAAUAAGGUAAAUAAAAUUUUUACCCUAAAUUAUUGUGGCCGAUGUAAUCGCCUUGUCCAGAAAACCUUGUUGCAAAGGUAAUUUGUUGUGGGAAAAAUUACCCUGAAUAAUACAAACUUUCACUGAUUUUCCUACAAUAAUAUGAACUUUCAAUUAACCAUGAAUAAUACGAACUUUGAUACAUAUUUCCCGCUGGCAUACCAUUUUACCUGUUACCGAUAAACUUACUCAUUCCUUUAAAAAAAAAUUUUUUGUUUAUAAACAAAGUAAAGCAAACAGAAGCAGAGCAGUCCUUCUCCCUCACGCAACCAUUCCUUCUUCAAUCAUCUUCUUCAAGCUAGCUCCUGAUUUCCAUUGAUUCUUCUCCCUCUCGUUCUCACACAUCAACUACAAAGAUAUCAUCUCAUUCAUGGUUAGUUAAUUCUUCUUAAUUGCAAUUUAAAUCCCUAAAUUUUGUUUUAAUCCCAAAAAUUUGAACAGAUUGUUCUUUUAUUAGAUCAAGAAACAACUUCAAAUAGAGACUCACAUGUGAUAAAUUUGAACAAAAGCCCACAUCAAAGCUAUGCAAACAUUCAAAUAAACCUUUUAAAAAACCAAUUUCAAUAAACCUUGCAUCUCCAACUCUGCAAUACACAACCAAUUUAGACAGAAUCUAUAUGGCUUCCAAAUGGCUUAGCUAGAAGACUUAUAUAUUCAAACAUACAACCAGAAAUCUAUUUGAUCUGUAGAAACUUGUUGAGGUGAGUGUCACCCGCAUCCAGUGUAGGAAUAUAGAAUACUCUACAUACCUUUGUAGCAUAAGAUUUUGCGAAACCAUAGUGAUAAAUAGUAGCGAUGUGGCUUCCAAUUGGAAGAGGAAAGUGAGCAAAAGAUGAAGAAGUAAUUAAAUUGAAAGAGGAAAGUGAGCAAAAGAUGAAGAAGAGGCUGCUGAAAAAAGGCUGUCUAAAUACCCAUUAAAAUGAUGAAGAAACGGGGAAUUUAUCGUUUCUCCAGGUAAAGAACCGGUCAGGUAUGCCAGCGGAAAAUAUGUAUCAAAGUUCGUAUUAUUCAUAGUUAAUUAAAAGUUCGUAUUAUUGUAGUAAAAUCAGUGAAAGUUCGUAUUAUUUAGGGUAAUUUUUCCUUUAUUGUAAGCUAUACUCAUCAUUUUUUUUGGGUAAAUUGUAAACUGGACAUGAUAAUUUUGUAUAAAUAUAUGUUGUGAUGAUUUUUCCAAAACUAGUUGUUGGACAUGGCUUGGCUUGUAUGCUUAUGAUUAAAAUUUGCA